AUGAUCAGAAAUGAAGGCUUAAGGAUACUAAGAAGGAGAAACUCUAAAGGUCUAGCUUUAAGCUCAAAACUCUCUUUAGCUCUCAAACCGAAUCACCUAAAACAAUCUAAAGACUACUCACUCAUGCUUGAUGAACAAACCGAUUCCAAAGAGGAAGAGUUGUCAAACAAAUUUAAGCUCCAAAACGCCGCGUUUCACUUGGAUGUGGUCAACUCUCUUCUUGGUCAAGGAAAGGUGACAAACGGGUUCCUGAUCCUGGUUCGCAUCCUGGUUGCUCUCGGUCUUGACGUCUCCAACACUCCUUCUCCCAAAUGGCUCCAAAGCUCCAUUAAGUACCUGAUAGACUCAAAAUGCAAUGUGUAUGCAAUGCAAUUGAAACCCGCCUUAGGCUCUGGUCAUCAGAUAUCAUCACUUCCGGAUUCUUUUGCCCAGAGGUCUGAGUUGAUUGUAGAACCAGAAGCGGUUUUGGAGACACGUUAUGAUAAUGGAGGACAUUUGGAAGCCUUGGUGCAAUGGAAGGGUCUUCCUGCACAUGAAACGACGUGGGUUCGUGCAUCGGAGUUGCUUAAGGAGUUUCCUGAACUUGAGGACAAGCUUUGUCUUGACGAGGGGGGUAAUGUUAGACUGCUUAACCGGUUUGUGAGGAGAAGGAAGAAGGUUGGUUUAGCAAUUACCGGAAAUGACGAGUCUCUCAUUCAGCCAGAGGGUUAG